CGGGCGCGGGAGAGGCAAAGGCGGCCUCUCUCUCCUGCACGCGCAGCUGCUCUCCCCCCACUGACGCUUCCGUCGCCUCCACCACAGCUGCGGCAUCACCAACCGCCACUACCUAGCCCCUCCCCUCGCGCGGGGCCGCGCCUCGUGCCGGACAAUAGCGGCGCUGCCGCAGCCGAGUUGUGUCUCAUCCUAAUCAGCCCGCCGUCGCAGCUCUCGCAGCGACCCGGGCCCGCUCGCCGGCACCCAUGAGCGGCGGCACGCGGCCGUCCCGGCUGCGGAGCUGACCGGGGGACUCGAGACGGGACUUGCCGCCGCUGCCGUGGCUGCUGCUUCUUCUCGUCCUUUUCCUUCCUCCUCGGCGCUUGCUUCCCCCUCAGCCUUCCCUAGGGCUGCGUCGGCGAUCGCGGAGCGGGGUGGGCCGGGGUGCGGGGAAAGCCCCCUCAGCGCCGCUUCUCUUUCGACUGACCCGUUCCCGGCGCGUGUUCCCUGGGGCAGGUGAGGGCGGCGGGCCUGGCCUCGCUUCGCUCCGGGAGCCUGGCCUGGCUUUUGUGGGCGCUCCAGAAGACGAGGCGGCGGCGGCGGCGGCGGCGCCUCCGUUUCAAUGGAAGUAUGUUACCAGCUGCCGGUGCUGCCUCUGGACAGGCCGGUCCCGCAGCAUGUCCUCAGCCGCAGAGGAGCCAUCAGCUUCAGCUCCAGCUCCGCUCUCUUCGGCUGUCCCAACCCCAGGCAGCUCUCUCAGAGACGUGGGGCAAUAUCCUAUGACAGUUCUGAUCAAACUGCAUUGUACAUUCGCAUGCUAGGAGAUGUACGAGUAAGAAGUCGGGCAGGAUUUGAAACAGAGAGAAGAGGUUCUCAUCCAUACAUUGAUUUCCGUAUUUUUCACUCAAAUUCUGAAAUUGAUGUUUCUGUGUCUGCAAGAAAUAUACGAAGGUUACUGAGUUUCCAGCGGUACUUGAGAUCUUCCCGUUUCUUCCGUGGUAUCACUCUUCCAAAUUCUUCAAACAUUUUAGAUGAUGAUUAUAAUGGACAAGCUAAGUGUAUGCUAGAAAAAGUUGGAAACUGGAAUUUUGACAUUUUCCUUUUUGACAGGUUAACGAACGGAAACAGUUUAGUCACCUUAACCUUCCACCUGUUUAAUCUUCAUGGACUUGUAGAGCACUUCCAACUAGAUACAAUGAAGCUCCGCCGAUUUUUAGUAAUGGUUCAAGAAGAUUACCACAGUCACAACCCGUACCACAAUGCAGUUCAUGCUGCUGAUGUGACUCAGGCCAUGCACUGCUUUUUAAAAGAACCUAAGCUUUCCCAUUCUCUGACUCCAUGGGAUACUCUUCUUGGCUUAAUUGCAGCUGCCACUCAUGAUUUGGAUCACCCAGGUGUUAAUCAGCCUUUCCUUAUUAAAACAAACCAUUAUUUAGCAACUUUAUACAAGAAUACCUCAGUACUGGAAAAUCACCACUGGAGAUCUGCAGUGGGAUUGUUGAGAGAAUCUGGAUUAUUUGCACAUAUGUCACUAGAAAACAGGCAGCUGAUGGAAAGCCAGAUAGGAGCACUGAUACUUGCCACUGAUAUCAGUCGGCAAAAUGAAUAUCUAUCCCUAUUUCGCAGUCAUUUGGACAAGGAAGAUUUAUACUUAACAGAGGAAAAUCAUCGUCAUCUCAUUCUUCAGAUGGCUUUGAAAUGUGCUGAUAUUUGCAACCCCUGCCGGACUUGGGAACUAAGCAAGCAGUGGAGUGAAAAAGUAACAGAAGAAUUCUUUCAUCAAGGAGAUGUUGAGAAAAAAUACUGCUUGGGCGUGAGUCCGCUGUGUGAUCGACAGACAGAAACCAUUGCCGACAUCCAGAUUGGUUUUAUGACCUAUUUGGUGGAACCGUUAUUCACCGAGUGGGCUCGUUUCUCAAACACCAGACUAUCUCAAACGAUGCUUGGUCAUUUGGGAUUGAAUAAAGCUAGCUGGAAGGGUGUGCAGAGAGAACAAUCCAGCAGCGGUGAUGAUACUGAUCCUGCAUUUGAGGAAAUGGACUCUGAUGUUAUACCUCAGGAACACCGGCUAUCCUGACCCCAGGAUCUGCUUAACAAAAACUGCCUCUUGCCUGGUAUCUAUGGAACAGGGUUUGAGGAUAAAUUUUGUCUGACUGCCAAGGUUUCAGUGUAAACAAUGCCAGCAUUAUUUAUUUCCAAGUUUUUCCUUUGAUAAAUCAUUUGAACCCAGUUUUCAGUUACAAGACCUGAACAUAGAGCAAUAUGCAUAUGCCUUGUUUGGCUUCUGCAUGGAUCCUUGAAUAUGCAAACCAGAGGAGUGGUUGAAGCUUGACUGAGGGGAAAGUACGAGAAAAUAUUGUUACGUGCCACAUCGCUUAGUUUUUAUUUGUUUUUAGAGAAAAUUUGAAAUCUGGCCUUCAAAGUUGCCACAUGACAUGGUGGAUGUUUCCUUCUCUUGGAAUUUAACAAGACUCAUUCAGUCCUUGUCCAAAAUGUGGAAAAGUGAAGUGCCCCUGCUUGGAUGCCUCUGGCAAGAACUGAUGUUUACAAAUGUACUUGGAAACUUAUAGGUUCUAAAUUAAUCUUUCUGCAUGGCUGUGAAGGAACCACUAUUUUUUU